AUGAUUCAAAGAAAAAGAUUGCAGCUACAGUUUGCCCGUGUUAUCGGGUAUAGAGGUUGUAGAGGAGCACAAUACCUUGUGGCUGCUCGAACCUUCUCCGCAAUGUCUUCCUCCGAAACCAACUCCGUCGCAAAGGACAUCAAUGCAACUCCUGCUGUCAGUCAACAUAUCCACCACGAUGGAAAAGACUACAGCACAAUAAAAGAAGGGCUUGCGUAUAUUCUUGUCCCUGGAAAUGGGCCUUUGGUGCCCCAAACCAACCCAACUGGCGACAAUCAAUCCCAAUCGGUCUUUUAUAACCCAAUCCAACAAUUCAAUCGCGACCUGAGUGUUUUGGCUAUCAAGGCAUAUGGAGAGGAUACGGUUGCUAAAAAGGAAGCUGAAUCCGAGAAGAGGCGCAAGACUGCGAACGCAAAGAGCAGGAAACGGAAGCGCGUGGACGAAGCUGUGAAUAAAUAUGGCGCGGAGGACCCAGCGGCACCAGAGAUGACGAUCAUCGACAGUGUUGAAGCAGUUACCCUUGCCACAAAUAAAGUAUCAGAACAAACAGCUAUGGAAACAGAUGAACCAGCGGCGGUGGAACAAAACGAAAUGAAUAAGCCCAAGCAGCAAGAGCAGUUUACCAUCCUCGACGCCCUUUCAGCAACUGGCCUACGAGCCCUCCGGUAUACACAAGAAAUUCCGUUCGCCACCUCUGUCACAGCUAACGACCUUCUGCCGGAAGCUACCCGGGCAAUCAACCUGAACGUCCUCCAUAACAAGCUCACGUCAAAGAUCAACUCCGUCACUGGUAACGCAAUAACCCACAUGUUCAACUCUGCCAGUGAAAUACCCCUUGAUUCCCAUCGAUAUAAGCCCUCCAAGAAAUACGAUGUUAUCGACCUCGACCCUUACGGCACGGCAGUUCCCUUUCUCGAUGCAGCUGUUCAAGCUGUCCGUGAUGAUGGAGGCCUUCUCUGUGUAACCUGCACUGAUGCUGGUGUCUGGGCCUCGAAUGGCUACCCAGAGAAGUGCUACUCUUUAUAUGGAGGAUUACCACUCAAGGGUAUACACUCGCAUGAAGGCGGGUUGCGACUGAUACUUCACGCCAUCGCCACUUCUGCUGCGCGCUAUGGGCUUGCUAUCGAGCCUUUGCUCUCUUUGUCCAUAGAUUUCUACGCCCGGGUGUUUGUGAAGAUUCACAAGUCCCCGGCAGACGUCAAAUUUCUUGCUGGUAAAACAAUGAUGGUUUAUAACUGCGACCAGGGAUGCGGAUCUUGGGAGACGCAGCUCUUAGCAAAGAACCAGGUGCGGCCGAACAAGAGCGGGAAAGGCACUUUUUGGAAACAUAUAUUUGCCCAAGCGCCUACCACAGGACAGAACUGUGAACACUGUGGGUGGCAUCGACACCUAGGAGGGCCAAUGUGGGCGGGCCCGCUACACGACGCGAAGUUCAUACAGCGUAUCCUCGACGAGCUGCCAAAGGUCGAUAAGGAGACUUACCAAACCACCACGAGACUCGAAGGGAUGCUGUCUAUGGCGCUGGAAGAGACACUGCCACCCCCGCCGCGGACAGAUGACCUCGUUCCUCCACCAAUUCCAAAGGGUAGAGCAGAUCCAUCGGUAGUCGAUCCAUUCCCAUUUUACUUCAUUCCGUCAGUAUUGUCGAAAGUGAUUCAUUGCAUCACUCCCGACGAGAAUGCCAUUCGUGGUGCACUCAGACAUGCAGGCUACAGGGUCACACGCAGCCACACCAAAGCAGGAACCAUCAAAACGGAUGCGCCGUGGAGUUUUAUAUGGGAGGUUAUGCGUGAAUGGGCAAGGCAAAAGGCCCCGGUUAGGGAAGGGGCUGUUAGAGAGGGAACUCCAGGAUGGAAAGUAAUGGGAUUUGAUAAGAAGCAGGCGGAAAAUGAAGAAGCAGGAAACGGGGACAGCGAAGGCAAUGGGCGUCUGGAGAUCGUCUUUGAUGAGUCGCUUGGGAGAGAAACGGAUAAGAAGAAGCUGGUGAGGUAUCAAAUGAACCCCAGGGAGAACUGGGGACCGAUGAAUAGGGCCAGGGGUCCUCCGUGA